GGCUGUUCUGUGACGGACUGAAAACAGAGUCAGAGUCACAGACAGCAGCAGAGCAGGAAGCACGAGAUCCAGACCACCUGAACCAUGUCAUUCCUUGUGGAUAAAUUAGCAAAACGAGCAGGUGAUAUGGUGGCUGAUAAAAUAAAGGAUGCACUGGGAGGAAGUGAUGAUAGACGAGACGACAGACGAGACAAGGAUGACAAACACGACGGUUUUCUGUCCAUUUUUAAAAAGGACAGAGACGAGGACCGUGAUGAUGAUGAUCACAAAGGAGGGCUGUUCUCUUUUGGGAGAGACAAAGAUAAGAACAGGGAAAAGGAAAAGGACAAAGGCAACUUUUUUGAAAAAAUAUUUGACAGAGAUGAUGAUGAUGAUGAUCACAGAAGACAGAAGAAAUCAGGCUUCGCAGGGCUGUUCUCAGAGCAAGACCCGCCGGGUGGAGCAGGGCUAGAGAACAGUGGCACUGAGGCUGGGCCCUGUGAUCACAUGACAGAGGGGGAUCUAGACCUGAUGAGUGACCUGAUGGCAGUGGCAAACGAAACCUCCUGAGAAGUUCGAUCAUGCCUCAAAGUGAUCCUCUACGCACAUUGUGUAUAAACAUUUAAAUAGUAAUAUAUAGUAUGUAUGUUGGCUGGUUCAUUUUCUUGUUUCUUUGUAAAAUGGUGGAUAAUAUUAUGUGAGUAGACUCAUGGGCAGGUAAAAGUAUAUAGUAACUGAAAUGAUUUUCCAUAACGAUAAAUAAAUAUAUAUAUUGAUUGUC